AUGGCCUCUUCUGACACCCCAACGGCCAAGUCGGCUAACCCUACCGACCAAACCACCACCCUUCUCGACACGUUUGAUCCUCGCAAGAUUCGUGAGCUUUACAACCUCAAGCCUCACCCUGAGACAGGCCGUCUCAUCGAUUCCCACCCAGGAACGCGCACAAAGCCAAUGCGUGUUCUUUGCCUUGGUCAAUCGCGCACAGGCACAAUGACUAUCUUUACCGCUCUUCAACGCCUUGGUUACACUCCGUAUCACAUGACUGUCGCCAUUGGAAGUCCCAAGACCAGUCUUGGCUUAUGGUGCGAGGCUCUCGAUGCCAAGUUCAACGGAAAGGGCAAGCCGUGGGGUCGGGAGGAAUUUGACAAGAUUCUGGGAGACUACGAUGCUGUGGCCGAUGUGCCCGCCAUCUGCUUCGUCGAGGAGCUCGUCGCUGCGUAUCCUGAAGCCAAAGUUGUCGUCACCCAGCGUGAUGUGGAUAGUUGGCUACGUAGCAUGGACUCUACAGCCGGACGAAUCCUCCGAUGGCCUCUCUGGGAGACGCUAGGAAAAUGGGAUCCUGCACUGGCUGGUCCCUUUUGGGAGCACGCACUGAAAGUCAUGCCUGCCAACUUCCGCACCUUGAAUGACUUUUCUCCUACUUCGCCCGCACGUCAGGCCUUCAUAGAUCAUUACGAACUGGUUAAUAGAACGGUGCCUGCGGAUCGGAUGCUCGAGUUCCGCGUCCAGGAAGGAUGGGAGCCGUUGUGCGAGUUUUUGGAUGAGCCGGUGCCAGAGACAGGCUUUCCCAGGCUUAAUGAUGCCUCGCAGUUUGUGUUUGCGCACGGUAUGAUGUGGUGGCUGGCCUUUGGCAAGAUGAGACCAUUCAGUCUUUUUACAUGUACAAGCUGA